GAACAGAAGCACUCACUUGAGUUGAAACACAUUCAACUCUGCACAAACAAAACCACAAACAAACAACACCGAACCCAAACUCAGAAAGAACCAUAAACACCAACAUAGAGAAACUGUUUCUGUGUAAUGAUGCCUGCCAUUAUCUGAAUUCAAUGUUCUUUUUUUUACCGGAUUUUGGCCGUUUGAGCGUUUCUUUCAUGAGUGUUUGGUUGUGUUGUGACUUGUGAGCAUGAAUGAAGCCUUGAAAAAAAGUGAUUUUCUGAACGGUGAAGUUAAUCAUGCUUUUUUGUUUUUUCUUUAUAAUGAUGACUUAUGUUGUUCAAAAUGCCUCUGUCUCUGAAAACCUAAGAUCUUCAAGGCCAAUGCUGUGCUGUCUCUAAGAACUGAGAAGAUCUCCAGCAAUAGGGGGAGGAUUCACAGGCUUAACAUGUAAAUUCCAUUUUGCAUAAUCAAAGGUUGAUUACUAGUAGAUAACAUGGCAUCUUCAUGGGAACAUUUUGGGGAGGUUGCAAAUGUGGCCCAAUUGACGGGCUUAGAUGCGGUGAGGUUAAUUGGGAUGAUUGUAAAGGCUGCAAGCACGGCGCGGAUGCAUAAGAAGAAUUGCAGGCAGUUUGCAUUGCAUCUGAAGUUGAUUGGGAAUUUGUUGGAGCAGCUCAAGAUCUCGGAGCUUAAGAAGUACCCUGAAACGCGGGAGCCUCUUGAGCAGCUAGAAGAUGCCCUCAGAAGGUCUUAUAUUUUGGUUAAUAGUUGUCAGGACCGCAGCUACCUUUAUCUGCUGGCCAUGGGAUGGAACAUCGUUUAUCAAUUCAGGAAGGCUCAGAAUGAAAUCGACAGAUACUUGCGCCUUGUUCCUCUCAUUACUCUUGUUGACAAUGCUCGAGUCAGGGAGAGACUUGAAGUUAUUGAGAGGGAUCAAUGUGAGUACACUUUGGAUGAUGAGGACCAAAAGGUGCAGACUGUGAUUUUGAAACCUGAGCCUGACAAAGAUGAUAGUGCAGUUCUGAAGAAAACUCUUUCUUGUUCUUACCCCAACUUCUCUUUUACUGAAGCACUUAAAAAAGAGAAUGAAAAGCUUCAACAAGAGCUGCAAUUUUCACAAGGCAUUAUGGAUAUACAUCAGUGUGAAUUCAUUCAACGUUUAUUAGCUGUCACAGAAGUUGCAGCUUAUUCUCUUCCAGAAAAGUUUUCACCUGAAAAAAGUCAGAAGACAGUAGAUUAUAGUAACUACAGUUAUUCUGAUGCCAAUGAUAACAAAAAUAAUUCUUCUGAACAAAAAGACCACAAAUCAAGAUCGUCGGUUCCAGAAAAGAAUCAGCUGUCAACUGGAGGUUCAUCUCAGCAGGAAGAUUGGCAUACUGAUUUACUAGCUUGUUGUUCUGAACCUUAUCUUUGUAUGAAGACAUUUUUCUAUCCUUGUGGGACAUUUUCAAAGAUAGCUACUGUUGCAACUAACAGACCAAUAUCUUCUGCAGAAGUAUGUAACGAUUUGUUGGCAUAUUCAUUAAUUUUAUCUUGCUGUUGCUAUACUUGCUGCAUAAGGAGGAAACUUAGGAAGAUGUUGAACAUCACGGGAGGCUAUGUUGAUGAUUUUCUUUCUCAUUUGAUGUGUUGCUGUUGUGCCCUUGUGCAAGAAUGGAGAGAAGUGGAGAUCCGUAGAGUUUUUGCUCCAGAUAUGACCAACUCAAGCCCUCCAACCUCACAGUACAUGGAAUAUUAAGUAAAGAAUACCAUAUCAAAUACAGGCAAUUGGCAUUUGGAACUCACAAGAAGCUCUAGCAGGACCUGUGUAUUUUGAUAUUCACACCACCUGACAUCAAUUAUCUGAAUGUAAAUCACCUUGUGUUAUGUACCCAAAUAAAGUACCUUUUAGAGUUAGCUGAUGGUGCAUCAUAAACUUCUUUCUUUCAUGGUCAUAACAUUUGAGUUAAUUUUUGUUUUUUUUUCUUGAACAUUUUUUUUUUGAGAUUUUCACUUUCACUCGUUUAGCAUACUAGUGUGUGUAUGAAUACUGGCUAGUUAAGUGCAAA